GGAGGGGCCGGGAGGGCCGGAGUGAGCGGCGGCCGCAGCUGCAGCAGGACGGCCCGCCGGCGGCUCGGGGCCGCGCGCCGGGAACCUCGCGGGGCGGGCGGGCGCGGCACCCCCUGCCUGGCCGCCUGCGCGUGGCGGGGAGGCGGCCCACGCGCGACGGGACCAGCAGCAUGAGCAGCGGCUACAGCAGCCUGGAGGAGGACGCCGAGGACUUCUUCUUCACCGCCAGGACCUCCUUUUUCAGGAGAGCGCCCCAGGGCAAGCCCCGCGCCGGCCAGCAAGAUGUGGAGAAAGAGAAGGAAACCCACAAUUACCUCAGCAAAGAGGAAAUCAAAGAGAAAGUCCAUAAAUACAACCUGGCUGUCACAGACAAGUUGAAGAUGACCUUGAAUUCAAAUGGGAUUUACACUGGCUUCAUUAAAGUCCAGAUGGAGCUCUGCAGACCCCCUCAGACUUCUGGGAAACUCGCUCCCAGUAGCAAUGGCUGUAUGAACACGCUUCACAUCAGCAGCAUGAACACCGUCGGGGAAGUGAUCGAGGCCCUGCUCAAGAAGUUUCUCGUGACCGAGAGCCCUGCCAAGUUUGCACUUUAUAAGCGUUGUCAUAGGGAAGACCAAGUCUAUGCCUGUAAGCUUUCGGACCGUGAGCAUCCGCUCUACCUGCGUUUGGUGGCUGGGCCCAGAACAGACACGCUGAGUUUUGUUCUUCGUGAACAUGAAAUUGGAGAGUGGGAAGCCUUCAGCCUUCCAGAGCUACAGAAUUUCUUGCGGAUCUUGGACAAGGAGGAGGACGAGCAGCUGCAGAUCCUGAAGCGGCGCUAUGCGGCCUAUCGCCAGCAGCUGGAGGCAGCCCUCAGCGAGGUGCGGACGCCCGGCUAGGCGCGCCCUCCCCUGCCUCCCGCGGCCGAGAGGCGCGGGACCUGCGUGCGCAGCCCCAGCCGGGGUCUCUCUCGCGGGGGGGACCGUCCUCGCGCCCUGUGACGCCGGGGCCUGCCCCCUCAGACCCCGGGCUCUAGUCCCCGCCGCCUUCCGGCCUCUGCCGGCGGGGCUGCUGCUGCCCGUCCGACGGCCCUGCGGGCUCACCUCUCGGCAAGCUGUGAAUCUGUGGUCUCCUCUGGGGCCAUCUAGACGGCUUGGAAGCACGACUCUGGGUUUUGUGUGGUUUAUCUUUCUUCCGUACUUUGUUUUAGUUGAUUAUGUGAUGGUGAAGUUGAGCUGAAGGACGUGCAGAUGAUUUUUU